GAGAAACGGCUGGAUUGUGCUGCGCAAGUGGAAAAGUCAAACUGGAUCCAUUACUUACACCACCACAGCGACUGAAACCAUUGUUCGAUCGAAGUGAUCCCGAUUCCAGCCAUUUUCUUUAACACAUCCUUGAAUACAAUAACUGCUUUCGCAUGACUUCCUUUGGAGCUAAUAUAAUUCGAGAAGGCGGCUUCAUGCCGACUUGCAAGAUACAAGGACAAAUAUAUCAUUUGCAUGGUUCAAUGGUGCCAACACCAGAUGAACCGCAUCAAUUUCUGCAAAUAUAUUUCAUUUCGUCGAUGGUGGAUCAGCUGAAUGUGCGGUGCAAUAUACAGGGAACACAACAGUUAAAGAGACGGAUUAUUGAACAGUUGCAAGCAUUUUUUCGCGCUAAUAAUGCUGUGGUUUAUAUGUUCAAAACAGCAUUGGAACGAAUGCCAUCGGAUACGCACAAAUUUGUCAUAAGAGCGGAUUAUACCCCAACAGGUGAACAUGUGCGAAGAUUCAAUGCACCCACCGUUAAUGAUGUUGCUGUAAUUAUUGUUGGCGAUCCAACUAAAACGCGAGACAUUGUCGUUCAGCGAAGAAUCAAUAUUAUGCAUCGUGUAAACGAGACAUGAAAUGAAUUCAUUACUGUUGUGAAAUGAAAUAAAUAUUUUUCCUUUUCAAAUAUAAAACAAA